CGGGGGAGGAGGCGGCGGUGGAGGAGGAGGAGGCGGUGCUCGCGCCGGGCGGUAGAGAAUCGCUGGGACCCGUGUGGCCGUGACCCCCGGCUCCCUGGAGGCCCAGCGCAGCCGCAGCGGACAAAGGAGCAUGUCGGCGCCGGGGAGGGCCCGUCCUCCGGCCGCCAUGAGGCUCCGGGCGCCUCUGGGCCCGCGCCGCGCUCCUGCCCGCCCGGGCUCCGGGGCGGCCCGCUAGGCCAGUGCGCCGCCGCUCGUCCCGCAGGCCCCGGCCCGAAGCAUGGAGCCGCCCGAACGCCUGAGGGGCCGCGCGCAGCCGCCGCUGCUGCUGCCGCUCGCGCUGUUAGCGCUGCUCGCGCUGCUGGGAGGCGGUGGCGGCGCCGCGGCGCUGCCCGCCGGCUGCAAGCACGAUGGGCGGCCCCGAGGGGCUGGCAGGGCGGCGGGCGCCGCCGAGGGCAAGGUUGUGUGCAGCAGCCUGGAGCUCGCGCAGGUCCUGCCCCCAGACACUCUGCCCAACCGCACGGUCACCCUGAUUCUCAGUAACAAUAAGAUAUCUGAGCUGAAGAACGGCUCAUUUUCUGGGUUAAGUCUCCUUGAAAGAUUGGACCUCCGAAACAAUCUUAUUAGUAGUAUAGAUCCAGGUGCCUUUUGGGGACUGUCAUCUCUAAAAAGAUUGGACCUGACAAACAAUCGAAUAGGAUGUCUGAAUGCAGACAUAUUUCGAGGACUCACAAAUCUGGUUCGGCUAAACCUGUCGGGGAAUUUGUUUUCUUCAUUAUCUCAAGGAACUUUUGAUUAUCUUGGCUCAUUACGGUCUUUGGAAUUCCAGACUGAGUAUCUUUUGUGUGACUGUAACAUACUGUGGAUGCAUCGCUGGGUAAAGGAGAGGAACGUCACAGUACGGGAUACCAGGUGUGUUUAUCCUAAGUCACUGCAGGCCCAGCCAGUCACAGGCGUGAAGCAGGAGCUGUUGACAUGCGGUCCUCCACUUGAAUUGCCAUCUUUCUACAUGACUCCAUCUCAUCGCCAAGUUGUGUUUGAAGGUGACAGCCUUCCUUUCCAGUGCAUGGCUUCGUAUAUUGAUCAGGACAUGCAAGUGUUGUGGUAUCAGGAUGGGAGAAUAGUUGAAACUGAUGAAUCUCAGGGUAUUUUUGUUGAAAAGAACAUGAUUCACAACUGCUCCUUGAUUGCAAGCGCCCUAACCAUUUCUAAUAUUCAGGCUGGAUCUACUGGAAAUUGGGGCUGUCAUGUCCAGACCAAACGUGGGAAUAAUACGAGGACGGUGGAUAUUGUGGUAUUGGAGAGUUCUGCACAGUACUGUCCUCCAGAGAGGGUGGUCAACAACAAAGGUGAUUUCAGAUGGCCCAGAACACUGGCGGGCAUUACUGCAUAUCUGCAGUGUACACGGAACUCCCAUGGCAGUGGGAUAUAUCCCGGAAGCCCACAGGAUGAGAGAAAAGCUUGGCGCAGAUGUGAUAGAGGCGGCUUUUGGGCAGAUGAUGAUUAUUCUCGCUGCCAGUAUGCAAAUGAUGUCACUAGAGUUCUUUAUAUGUUUAAUCAGAUGCCCCUUAAUCUAACCAAUGCUGUGGCAACAGCUCGGCAGUUACUGGCUUACACUGUGGAAGCAGCCAACUUUUCUGACAAAAUGGAUGUUAUAUUUGUGGCAGAAAUGAUUGAAAAAUUUGGAAGAUUUACGAAAGAGGAAAAAUCAAAAGAGCUAGGUGAUGUGAUGGUUGACAUCGCAAGUAACAUCAUGUUGGCUGAUGAACGCGUCCUGUGGCUGGCUCAGAGGGAAGCUAAAGCCUGCAGUAGGAUUGUGCAGUGUCUCCAGCGCGUUGCUACCUACCGGCUAGCCAGUGGAGCUCACGUUUAUUCAACAUAUUCACCCAAUAUUGCUCUGGAAGCUUAUGUCAUCAAGCCCACUGGCUUCUCGGGGAUGACCUGUACCGUGUUCCAGAAAGUGGCAGCCUCUGAUCGUACAGGAUUUUCGGAUUAUGGGAGGCGGGAUCCAGAUGGAAACCUGGAUAAACAGCUGAGCUUUAAGUGCAAUGUUUCAAAUACAUUUUCGAGUCUGGCAUUAAAGAAUACUAUUGUGGAGGCUUCUAUUCAGCUUCCCCCUUCCCUUUUUUCACCAAAGCAAAAAAGAGAACUCAGACCAACUGAUGACUCUCUUUAUAAGCUUCAACUCUUGGCAUUCCGCAAUGGAAAGCUUUUCCCAGCCACUGGAAAUUCAACAAAUUUGGCCGAUGAUGGAAAACGACGUACUGUGGUUACCCCUGUGAUUCUCACCAAAAUAGAUGGUGUGAAUGUAGAUACUCACCACAUCCCUGUUAAUGUGACACUUCGUCGAAUUGCACAUGGAGCAGAUGCUGUUGCAGCCCGGUGGGAUUUUGAUUUGCUGAAUGGACAAGGAGGCUGGAAAUCAGAUGGGUGCCAUAUACUCUACUCAGAUGAAAAUAUCACUACGAUUCAGUGCUACUCCCUUAGUAACUAUGCAGUUUUAAUGGAUUUGACGGGAUCUGAACUAUACACCCAGGCGGCCAGCCUCCUGCAUCCUAUGGUUUAUACUACUGCUAUCAUUCUCCUCUUAUGUCUCUUAGCCGUCAUUGUCAGUUACAUAUACCAUCACAGUUUGAUUAGAAUCAGCCUCAAGAGCUGGCACAUGCUUGUGAACUUGUGCUUUCAUAUUUUCCUAACCUGUGUGGUCUUUGUGGGAGGAAUAACCCAGACCAGGAAUGCCAGCGUCUGCCAAGCAGUUGGGAUAAUUCUUCACUAUUCCACCCUUGCCACAGUACUAUGGAUAGGAGUGACCGCUCGAAAUAUCUACAAACAAGUCACUAAAAAAGCUAAAAGGUGCCAGGAUCCUGAUGAACCACCACCUCCACCAAGACCAAUGCUCAGGUUUUACCUGAUUGGUGGUGGUAUCCCCAUCAUCGUUUGUGGCAUAACCGCAGCAGCGAACAUUAGGAAUUAUGGUAGUCGGCCAAAUGCACCCUAUUGCUGGAUGGCGUGGGAACCCUCCUUGGGAGCCUUCUACGGGCCUGCCAGCUUCAUCACUUUUGUAAACUGCAUGUACUUUUUGAGCAUAUUUAUUCAGUUGAAAAGACACCCUGAGCGCAAAUAUGAGCUUAAGGAGCCCACGGAGGAGCAACAGAGAUUGGCAGCCAAUGAAAAUGGCGAAAUAAAUCAUCAGGAUUCAAUGUCUUUGUCUCUGAUUUCUACAUCGGUCUUGGAAAAUGAGCACACUUUUCAUUCUCAGCUUUUGGGGGCCAGCCUUACUUUGCUCUUAUAUGUUGCAUUGUGGAUGUUUGGGGCCUUGGCUGUUUCUUUGUAUUACCCUUUGGAUUUGGUUUUUAGCUUCGUUUUUGGAGCCACAUGUUUAAGCUUCAGUGCGUUCUUCAUGGUCCACCAUUGUGUUAAUAGGGAGGAUGUGAGACUUGCGUGGAUCAUGACUUGCUGCCCAGGACGGAGCUCCUAUUCAGUGCAAGUCAACGUCCAGCCCCCCGACUCUAGCGGGACAAACGGAGAGGCUCCCAAGUGCCCCAAUAGCAGCGCAGAGUCUUCAUGCACAAACAAAAGUGCUUCAAGCUUCAAAAAUUCCUCCCAGGGCUGCAAAUUAACAAACUUGCAGGCAGCUGCAGCUCAGUGCCAUGCCAAUUCUUUACCUUUGAACACACCUCAGCUCGAUAAUAGUCAGACAGAACAUUCGAUGGACAAUGAUAUUAAAAUGCACGUGGCGCCUUUAGAAGUUCAGUUUCGAACAAAUGUGCACUCGAGCCGCCAUCAUAAAAACAGAAGUAAAGGACACCGGGCAAGCCGACUCACAGUAUUGAGAGAAUACGCCUAUGAUGUCCCAACAAGCGUGGAAGGGAGCGUCCAGAAUGGCUUACCUAAAAGCCGGCUGGGCAGUAACGAAGGACACUCAAGGAGCCGAAGAGCAUAUUUAGCCUACAGAGAGAGACAGUACAACCCACCGCAGCAAGACAGCAGUGAUGCUUGUAGCACACUUCCCAAAAGCAGCAGAAAUUUUGAAAAGCCAGUUUCAACCAGUAGUAAAAAAGAUAUGUUAAGGAAGCCAGCUGUGGUUGAACUUGAAAAUCAGCAGAAGUCUUAUGGCCUCAACCUGGCCAUUCAGAAUGGACCAAUUAAAAGCAAUGGGCAGGAGGGACCCUUGCUCGGUACCGAUGGCACCGGCAAUGUUAGGACUGGAUUAUGGAAACACGAAACUACUGUGUAACAUUGCUGGACUUCCUGGCCAGAAAUUCAUAUAAACUGGGAUAUUCACAUUCCUUUAACCUAUGAACACUUAAAAACUGUUUACAACCACCAUAGGGAUUCAAAAGAAUUUGGAAUAAACUUUGAAGUUUUGGAUUUUACUUAUUUUUAUCCCCAAAUUGUUACUAUUUUUUAGGCUCUGAAAACAAAACAUCUUUCUAAAACAUUGUUUUAGUUGUCAAAGCACCGACAGGACAUUUUGAGAUCUGAAAUGUAAUUCCUUGGAAUCCACAAUGUGUACUUAACAUUUCAGGCUUGUAUUUAAUAUAAUAAAUAGGUGUUUGUUACUGUGUCA